AUUUUCUUUGUUUAUGUCCAGGUGGUGAGCUUUUUGCCUGGGGACAGAACUUAGAUGGCCAACUUGGACUUGGGAGAAUACUUGACUCGACCCCCACACCACAGCUUGUGGAGCACCUCUCAGGAGUCCCCGUGGCUCAGAUUUCUGCAGGAAAAGCCCACAGCAUGGCUUUAUCCAUGUCUGGAAACAUUUACUCGUGGGGAAGAAAUGAUUGUGGACAACUAGGCCUGGGCCACACUGACAAUGAAGAUUGUCCUUCCCUUAUUGAAGCACUGGACAGCCAGAAAGUUGAAUUUCUUGCUUGUGGUGGCUCUCACACUGCCUUGCUCACAAAGGAUGGGCUCCUGUUUACUUUUGGUGCUGGAAAACAUGGGCAGCUUGGUCACAAUUCAACACAGAAUGAAUUAAAACCCUGUUUGGUGGCUGAGCUCCUUGGGAAUAGAGUAACCCAGAUAGCAUGUGGAAGGCGGCACACACUUGCCUAUGUGUCUGAUUUGGGGAAGGUCUUUUCUUUUGGUUCUGGAAAAGAAGGACAACUGGGAAACGGUGGAACGCAGAAUCAGCUGAUUCCACUUCCCAUGAAAUUGCCAUCAAAUGAAGAACUCAAAUUUGAAAGCCAUACCUCAGAAAAUGAGUUAAUAAUAAUUGCUGGAGGAAAUCAAAGCAUUUUGCUCUGGAUGAAAAAAGAGAAUGCAUACGUUAAUCUGAAAAGGAAAAUUCCUACAUUGAAUGAAGGGACUGUGAAGAGAUGGAUUGCUGAUGUGGGGACUAAGCAGUGGCAAAAUACAAAAAGGGAAAUCAGAGAGAUAUUUUCAUCUCCUGCAUGUCUGACUGGAAGUUUUGUAAGGGAAAGAAUAGCUGCAGACACCACGUUUACUCAUUUGGACUUAACUAAAGCAAGAAACACCUUUAAGGAGUUAACCCAGAAAGACUGGAUUACUAACAUGAUAACCACCUGUCUCAAGGAUAAUCUGCUCAAACACCUUCCAUUUUCUUCUCCCCACCGAGAAGCCUUAGAGAUCUUCUUCCUCCUCCCAGAAUGUCCCGUGAUGCAUGAUUACAACAACUGGGAGAGCCUGGUGGUUCCGUUUGCAGAGGCUGUUUGUGAAAUGAAUGAUAAAUCUUCAGAGGCUCUGGAGGAAUAUUGGGCAUCUCUGCAUGACUCCACUUUCAUGGAACUGGUCCAGAUGUUUAAAAGAGCCAUCACUGCUCAACUGCGUUACUGGGCUGAAGAUGCUGAAAGUAACUGUCACAUUAAAGUUCUCCUAGAAAUGCUGAAAAAGCUGCACAGGGUAAACCAGACUAAAUUUCAACUGCCUGAAAAUAUUUUCCAAGUAAAUGAACUCGCGCACUGCCUUGAUUUUUAUGAAGAUGCACGUAGAAGGAGCUCUUGGAAAAAGAACUUAGACACUGUAGAAGACAUCCAGCAUCCUGUCAUAUUCAGUCAUUUUCCAUUUGUCUUUAAUAUUCUGUCAAAAAUUAAACUACUACGUGCAGACUCGCUUUUAAAAAUGCAGGAGAGAAGAUUUAGAGCUGUUUUGCAUUUGGCUGGAAUUGUGGAAGAUGGAGGGUCCAGUUUAGGGUUGCUGCCCACCUUUAAUCUCAUAGUCAGAAGGAGUCACUUGAUUGAGGACGUUUUGAGCCAGUUAAGUCAAUUUGAGAAUGAAGACCUGAGGAUGGAGUUAAUGGUUUCAUUUAGUGAAGAAACUGGAUAUGAACCUGGAGGCGUCAGGACAGAGUUUUUCUACUGUCUGUUUGAAGAGAUGACUCGGCCAGAAUAUGGGAUGUUCAUGUAUCCUAAAGAGGCUACCUACAUGUGGUUUCCUGUUAAGCCUAAAUUUGAGAAAAAGAGAUAUUUCUUCUUUGGGAUUCUGUGUGGACUUAUUCUGUUCAACGGCAAUGUUGCAAACAUCCCUUUCCCACUGGCUCUGUUUAAGAAACUUUUGGACCAAACACCAUCAUUGGAAGACUUGAAAGAGCUCAGUCCUGUCUUGGGAAGGAGUUUGCAGAUACUUCUGGAUGAUGAAAGUGCUGACUUUGAAGAAGUAUUUUAUGUCCAUUUUAAUGUGAAUUGGGACAAAACUGAUGUAGACUUAAUUCCUAAUGGAAGUUGCAUAAUUGUCAACCAGACUAACAAGACAGACUAUGUUUCCAAGUAUGUCGAUUACAUCUUCAACAUCUCUGUAAAGGCCGUUUAUGAAGAAUUUCAAAGAGGAUUUUACAAAGUGUGUGACAAGGAGAUUAUUGAAUUUUUCCAUCCUGAAGAACUAAAGGAUAUGAUUAUUGGAAAUACAGAUUAUGACUGGGAAACAUUUGAAAAGAAUGCACGAUAUGGACAAGGAUAUGACAAUUCACAUCCCACCAUAGUGAUGUUUUGGAAGGCUUUGCACAAGUUGACUUUGGAGGAAAAGAAGAAGUUCCUUGUGUUUCUUACAGGAACUGACAGAAUUCAAGUAAAAGGUUUAAAGAGCAUGAAAAUAACAUUUUGCUGUCCUGAAAAUGUGGGUGAAAAAGAUCCCAUAAGAGCACUUACAUGUUUUAGUCUCCUCUACCUCCCUAAGUAUUCUACAAUGGAAAGAGUGGAAGAAGCGCUUCAAGUAGCCAUCAACAGCAGCAGAGGAUUUGGCUGACCCUACCUCAUACUCUUUACUCCUUUUUGGGAACAUUUUCAAAAAUAAAAUGAACUCAAAAGUUUACUAACA